AUGGAUCUUAAUAAGUCACCACCACAAUCAUCAAACGACGACUCUGUCUCUUCACCAUCAACACCACAGUCACCCCAUGAGGAUUCUGCUGAUCUCUCACUCAUCAAUGACAAUGAAGACUCUCUUACUCACUCUCCUUGGCAUUCACCUCGAGCUCCUUGGAAUUCACCACCACCAUCACCUGCAAACAUCCAAGACCCUCCACACCACCUAGUCCAAGACAACAACCCUCCUCCACACCACCUAGUCCAAGACAACAACCCUCCUCCGCACCAGCUGGUCCAAGACAACAACCCUCCAAUGCCGCCGCCACCACCGCAGCAACAACUCCAAGAUCCUUAUCCGCAGCAACUACCUCCUCUGCCGCCGCUGCCAGCAGCAGCGCAGCAACAAGUCCAACAAGAAAACUUGCAAGACAUAAUAGAAGAAGUAGCGGCUGAGGUGGAUACAGAUUCUUCUUCUGGACCUGACUCGUCAGUGGCUUCAAGGGACUCAUCAUCAUCAGGAAGAAAUGUUUCUCCUCCACCUCACUCACCAUCAGACGCCGAGUCCGGUAAUUAG